AUGCCUCCGAUAAGAUUCUUUAAUUUUAUAAUUAAUAUUAUCAAUCGGUUAUUUCGAACAAAUAUUCGUUUGUUACCACCACCACCAGAACAACAGUCAUCAGAUUUUACUACACCUACACGAAAUGUACCAGAGUCAAAGCUUACUUCAGAGUCUAGGUUUACAACAACAAAAAUUGUUUCACCUUCUGAUGCGGAUACAAGAGGUUUUGUUUUUGGUGGUGUUGUUUUAGGUUGGAUAGAUCAAGCUGCAGGAACUUCAGCAAAAAAGCAUGCAGUUUUUCCAUGUGUUACAAGAAGUGUUGAUGCUGUUCAUUUCAUGCAACCAAUUAAAGUUGGAGAUUUUUUAAUUAUUCAAGCUAGUGUAAAUAGAUCAUGGAAUACUUCAAUGGAGGUUGGUGUUCGUGUUGAAACUGAAAAUCCAAUAACUGGAAAAAGAAAAUACUGCUGUCAUGCAUAUUUGACAUUUGUGGCUUUAAAUCCUGGUGAUAAAACUUCUUUAGGAAGAUUUAGAUAUAAUAAUUCUCCAGCAAAAGUUUCUCAGCUAGUUCCAAGUACAACAAUUGAAAUGGCACGAUAUGAACUUGCUGAAACCCGUCGGCAAUCUCGUAUAUCACAAUCUAAAAAUAUGGAUGAAAAAGGUCGCAUUGAAAAAACAAAAUUGGCGGAAUUAAGAGAACUUAUGCGAGAAUGGUCAAAGAAUAAAAAUACAGAAAUGAUGAGUGAUGCUGAAAUUCCACCAUUAUUACCAGAUCUUGAUAAUGAUAACGAAGCUAAAGGAAAAGACCCGGCGAAAUUAUUAUUAAGACGAAGGUCAACACUUCAAGGUACCUUACCAUUACAACCAGAUGAUAAACUUACAUUAGAAAGUUUUGCUGAAAUAGUAGAGACUGUAAUGCCUCAAAAUGCCAACACAUUACAGAUCACAUUUGGAGGUCAAAUUAUGAAAUGGAUGGAACAGUGUAGUAUUGUUAGUGCCUCAAGACAUUCCAGAAGAUUUUUAUUAUUGGCAAGUAUCGACUCUCUUCAAUUCCUUAGACCAACAUAUGUAGGAGAUUCUAUAAUAGUUAGAUCACUAGUCACUUGUACAUUUCAUUCUAGUUUAGAGGUCUAUGUUUGUGUUGAAGCUGAGAAUUUAUUUACAGGUGAAAGUUAUUUCACUAAUGAUGGAUUUUAUACCAUGGUUGCUGUUGAUUUUAACAACUCGCCUACUGUUAUUCCAAGCAUAAUACCUGAUCGAGAACAAGAAGUUGAUAUUCAUAAUGGUGCUGAGGCUAGAAGGAAACGAAGGCUUCAACAAAGAAGAGAAUUAAUACAAAAAGAAAUGUCUACCCAUCCUCAAGAAUUUAAUGAUGAAUGA